AAUUGACAAGACCCAAACACGUGAAAGUGCGAGGGCUCAUCUGACCUUGCACUCCCUCGUCGACGCUCUCUCUGGGGCCUUUCCCCAACACACGCCCUCUCUCCCUCCUUGCCAUGGCCGCACGUUUAAACGACGAGCUCGCCGUCCUCGACGACCAGGACGAGUCCGUCCGCAUCGCCGUCCGCGCCCUCGGGGACAUGAGAAAUAGUGGUCGCGGGAACAGUCUCUAUCAGGCUUCUCCGUCCAGCUGUAUGUGUGCUUUUCCCCUUCGCUUCGCCUGCCUCGGUCUCGGUGUAUGCGCUAAUGUUUUCGCGUUGAUUACUAUAGCUUUCCAGCCUACUCCGGCGCUUUCGGUCACUUCUAGGUCUUCUUCGCCGUCGUUGCCUUCACCUUCCGUUACAGGUGAUUUUAGUAGGGAAAGGGAUAAUGAGGCGCAAGUCGAUGAUACCAUGUCCCCGGACUUUGUCUCUAGGGUCUCGCAUUUCCCCAUUGUCAAUUCUGCACUUAGGGUUUAUGAGGUUAGUAAGGCGAGUUCUAGGGUCGUCAAGUAUGGCGCAGAGAUGAUGGAGUCUUCUGUCCGAUCUAUCUCUCGACCUGUGAUUGAACGUUUGCCUGUCAAUCAGCUCGACGAAUUCGCUUGUAGACAGCUUGAUAGGCUGGAAAGUUACGGUCGUCCCACUCAAAGUCAAGAUACGCCUCGAAGUCAAUUCCUAGAAGAAGACGAUUAUGUUGCAGAUCAAAAUCGGGACUAUGACUGCAGAACGGAAGACGAACGUGCCCAGGGCUCUAGGGAUGCAUGGUCAUCUUCUAUUGACAGCGCGUCCGCCUCCGGGGUUAUGAGAGGUCGAAUCGGUCGACGCACUUCACCUGAACGAUGGAAAGGUAAAGACCGGGAUAUCAGUAUGAUACGAGAAGAUGAAUCGGGGUCACCACCGAAGUCUUCAGAAAUGCAUAGUAGGACUCCGACCCCUAGGCAGGACCAACAAGACUCUCAACAACAGCAACAAGUAGUUCAACGAAGUCGAUGGCAAGCAAUGCUCCUCGAGGCAGGCGGUAUCGGCGCUGCUGUCAGUGAAGAAUCCAUGCGUCGACUGAAGUAUUGUCUCCAAUGGCUUCAAUACGCCACGGCGCAUAUCGACCAACAAAUAUUGAUCCUUCGGGAUUUCAUCGCUUCCUUACAACAACAUAGUUCUAGUCCGACAUCACCACACGCACAACAUCUGCAAACCUUGACGGCGAUUAGGAGGGAUGUCGUUUCGACUAUCAGGCAAGUUGUAGACGUGGUAUCAAAGUACGCAGGGGGUGCCCUACCGGAACCUGCCAGAGCACGAGUGCGGAGUUUCAUCCUCUGUUUACCGGAGAGAUGGGCGAAGGCUGCUUCUGAUUCGCCUAGUUCUUCUGCUACCAACGGUAUUGCAAAACCUGACGGUGCUGGUAAAAGCACAAAAGGCGAACGGACAGGUCGGACGACGCGAGCAGCUAAUGCUCGUGCGUCUGCUGCACCGUAUACUUAUGGACCUGGUGAACCUGGACCUUCGCCUAGGUCGAGACCUGCUAGUAGGGCGACUUCACCCUCACACUCCAGGACUGCUGUUGCGGCUGCUCAUGCAGGUGCGGGUGGUGUUGUACCGAUGCAACAUGCGGCGCAAAAGAUCUUGACGCUUGCCAUGGAGAGCUUGGAUAUGUUGAGAGCUGUGACGCAAGUGUUUAAGGACAGUUUGGACAAGGCUGAUGCAUGGGUCGAGAGACUUCGGAUUGUAGGUAUUCAGCGACCUAAUGUCGAAGUCCCAACCCUUCCCCCGCCUUCUGCCCUCCUUUCACCAAACGGUUCGCCGAAUACCUCUCAACCUCCUUCCACACCUAUCACCGCGGUAUCCCACCCAUCACCAUCCUCAACUUCUACAUCACCUAUUUCCUCAACAUCCUCUACCUUUACUUCCUCAGGCUUCCUCACGCCUCCUACUUCUCUCUCCUCCCACCCUUCUCACACUUCGUUAUCGUCGAUAUCGAACUCACGAACCAUCUAUCGUGAACCUUUACCACCUAUUUCUCUUUCCCCUGCAUCGAGUAAUGCACCUUCACCGUCACCGAUGUCCCCUUAUAGCAAUCUGCGGGAAUUGCAAUUACCGCCUUUAGGUCCUGGAGCAUAUGCUCAUACUCAGCAGCAGCAGCAACCUCACUCCGCGCAUCCACAUCCACACUCUGAGUUUGGCGCGUUGAGUUUGAAUGGUGGAAGCAGUGCAGGAUCGAGGUCGUUACCAGUUUCGGGGUAUGCGACGCCAAGGAGCGCGACUUCGACGACAAUGGGGACUUGGGCUGAGGCGGAGGAUAGGGAUCGGGUUUGGGAUAGGGAACGUGAACGAGAAAGGGAGAGGGAGAGUGUAUGGGAGUGGGAACGGGAGAAACAACGGAAUCGGGAGAUGGCGAAGGAUUGGGGGAGAGAUAGGGAUGAUGAGAGGGAGAGGGAGAGGGAGAGGGAGAGAAGGUGGGAGAAUGAACGACCGAACAUCACUGUUAAUGGGGAGCGGAGAGGAAGUCGUGAUGGGGGCAGUAUGGAGGUGGAUGGAUAGCGAUGAGUGUAUAUGCGGAUUUGGGUCUCGUGUUGGUGUUAAGCCUGCAGGAUCGGGCAUCAUAUUAUGUUGUCUCGUUUGCUCUCUGGCUGUUCAUCUCUAGUGUCUUCGGCUUGUGUUUGUGCUCAUCCUUGUGCUUACGCUGAUCUGCUCUUUGGCUGUCCGAUCUCUCCUUUGAUGAUAUGAUCUUGAACGGUUUCAAUCUCGGAAUAUCAUAGCGAGCUCAUGGAUAUGUGGCUCUUGUACUUCAUAUAUACGAAUGUUUGUGAUGCUCGGACUUGUGUUCGGUAUAUUACAUGGAAUGUUUUCCUGCUUCAGUUGCGCCCGUUGUCCUUUUUCGUUCAUCGAUUGCCUCUCUUUCUCUUUCUCUUCUCUUUUCGUCUGAUCCGGCUUCGUGUUCAUUUGUCUCUAUCUAGUUUAGUCUACCUGGUGUAGUUUUCCAUGCUUAUAGGCCGUUUCUUGUCAAAUGCUCAUCCUGCUGAACGACCUUG